CAUCUCUUGAUUUUCCUUUUUGUGUUUGGUUUUUCGAGUCAAAAACGCAACUGACGUGGAAUUAGAAAUGUACUCGCAAAUCAAAGUUUUACUAACGAUCCAAAGACUUUUCCUUUUCGCUUCAACGGCCAUGGCGAUUGGUCAAUCUUUAGAUUUAAUCAAAUGGGUAAAAGAUUUUCUUGUGUUUUGAUUGUUUGAUAGUAGUCCAUGAAAGAAGUCCGAUACUUGUAAAUACGAGAAAAUGACAAGCUGUGCAGUGGAAGGAGGCUGUCCUACCGAUUACAUGGCUAUUUCCAUAGCCAUCAUCUCCAUGAUUUUGCUUCUUUCGCGGUCAAUUUUUCCCUUUUUGGUCCACAAAGUUCCACGUAUUAAUGGCAGUAGCUUCUGGAUUCCACUAAUUCAAGUUUUUGCAAGCUUCAAUCUGUUGUUAUCAAUUGUGAUGCAUCUCAAUUUACUGAAAUUCAAAAGGAGGCAUUGGUGGCAAUCUUGCUAUAUUUGGGCAGUCUGGGUUGAAGGUCCAUUGGGAUUUGGUUUGCUGCUGAGCUGUCGCAUAGCACAGGCUUUCCAGCUGUAUUACAUAUUUCUGAAGAGGCGCUUACCACCAAUUAGAUCUUACAUGUUUCUUCCGCUAAUUCAAUUGCCAUGGAUUGCUGGGGCUGCACUUAUCCAUGUGAAGAAGCCGCUGAAUACUAGAUGCCACAUGGGCACUCAUUGGAUCGUUCCAGUUUUGUUGCUUCAUACUUCCUAUGUUGCUGCUUUGGUUGGAUUCACAGGGUUGAUUCGGCAUAUUGAGUUCAGGUUUGAUGAACUCAAAGACCUGUGGCAGGGGAUUCUUGUCUCAGCAUCAUCUAUUGGACUGUGGGUUGUUGCUUAUGUUUUGAAUGAAAUUCAUGACGAUAUCGCAUCGCUUCAAGUUGUCUCCAGAUGUUUGCUUUUAUUUACAGCAAGUAUUUUUGUGCUGGCUUUCUUCUCUAUAUCAAGUUCCCAACCUUUGCUUUCACAAAUCAGCUUGAGGAAAAGAGAACGUCCAGAAUAUGUGACAAUGGGUCAGGCUUUGGGUAUACCUGACAGUGGACUGCUUCUGCAAAGAGAUCUGGUUCCAGUAGUAGAUCCUAAUGAACCUCUGGACAAGCUUCUUCUCAACAAAAAAUUUCGUCAAUCUUUUAUGGCAUUUGCAGAUAGUUGUUUAGCAGGGGAGAGUGUUCAUUUCUACGAUGAAGUGCAUGAACGUUGCAAAAUUCCUAUAGAUGACACAGUAAGAAGGAUCUAUAUGACACGGCAUAUUAUUGAGAAAUAUAUAGUCGCAGGUGCAACAAUGGAAGUGAAUAUAUCUCAUCGAACACGAGAAGAAAUAUUGAGUACCACCAAUCUAGCAGACUCGGAUCUCUUUAAUAAGGCAAUAAAUGAGUUGUUGCAGCUAAUGAAAACGAAUUUGGCAAAAGAUUAUUGGUCAUCCACUUUUUUCAUCAAAUUCAAGGAAGAAGCCAGUAUGAGGUCCAAUGGUCAUGACCUGGAGCAGAUGGCAGGUUGGAACUUUUCUCCAAGAUUGAGUUCUGUUCAUGGUGCUGAUGAUCCAUUCCACCAAGAACAUCUUGUAAAGGGCUCUGGCUGCACUAAUCAUGAUUCGGACGCAACAAAUCAAGAAUUGUGAAUAUAAUGCUGGUUUACCGCAACUUCCAUACAAGGACUAAGCAUGGACAUUGAGCAUGACAAGUGAUGCAUGAUAAACCCCCAACAUUUACAUUUGGAAUGAUGAAAUGCACCCAAAAGAAGAAAAAGAAAGAACAGAUGGACAGACAGAGUAAAGCAAGAAAGGAGGUACACGCUAAACAACCCUUUAUGGUGGGAAAUUACUACAUCUAUGUUAUUUUAUAGACACACACAAAUGUUAGUUACAACGAGUGUUCUAGUGUUCAAAGCUGUACAGGCAAAAAAGUGUAUUGUUGUACUCUUUGAGCAUGAUAUUUGUGCUAGUUAGGCCAGCCUCUGCCUCACCAUUGAGUUAAUUUCUACCCAUCUCCCCUUACCUACUUUCCAGGAUUUUCAUUUCUGACCGCAUAUUAAGUGUUUAAUAGUAACAUGAACAUUCGUGG